GUCACUUUUUCUGCAGUCACAGUCACCAACGAUAGUGAUUGCGAUAGCUGCCCGGGCAGAUGCAAAUUCCAUGACCAUGUUGCACCUGAACCGCCUUGAUCAAUAAUUCAUAAAUCACCUUCUUUUCUUUUUCCCCCUUUUCCCCUUUCCCUACUGUAAUCUCCUCACCUCACCCUCAACUAUUUCUACCCAAGAUCAGAACCUCUUCACUGUCUCUUCCUCUCAUCCGUCCAUCCAUCCAUCCGUCCAUCCAUCUAUGCCCUACUCCUCCUUCGUUGGAUCCAUCUAAACACAAGCUUCCAGUCCGCCUCGACGGAGGUACCUUUGUUCUGCCUGCUGCUGCCACAUCAAGCUUCCAGCUCAAGUUCAAGCUCAAGCUCCCGCAAAUACGCCGCCUGGGUUCCCCAUCCACAUCACGAUGGCGGCCAAAUUCUCAGACCAAGGCCUAACGGACUCUCCGCGGCCCAUUCUCCCAACUAGUCAGGGCUCGAUCCACCCGGGCCUACACCCCUCAGUGACGAACGUGCCAGUUACCCCGGGUAUUGGAGCUGGAGAGUAUUCUUCAACUUCAGGAACCAGCGGUGUAGCAGCAGAUUCAUACUUCACUCACAAUAUUUACGGAUUGAGAAUGGCACAAUCACCUACCGAAGCUGCCUCUGGUGCGAAAUCUAACCAGGAGAUUUUGCGCCGGAUGAGCAUAGGCGGCGGCUCGAAGCAGAGAAGAGAGUCAUUGUCUGAUAUAGACCCGAGAGCCGCCCACCCAUCCUUGGGCCUGAGCGGCGGUUUGAUUUCUGCAACCUUCUGUAUCCCACACUCCUUACGAUACAGAAAAGGAGCAGACUGGGUAAAUAUUGCUUCAAUGCUCAUUUUUCAACACUUCCAGACUAACUUGCAAAUUUCAGAGCCUUAGCUCCCGCCGGGGAACCUCUGCCUUGUUCGACUCCUUCACCCAUCUCUCCUCCGAUAAGAUACCAUGGAAUCAUACACUCGUUGGUUGGACUGGGGAAAUUCAACCUGCAGAUGAUCUGACUCCUCCCGAUACACCACCUGCCACGACUGCGGCCUCUCGAAUUCCUCCUCUGAACAAAAGUUCUGCUCCGAUUCCGGUCGAUGCGUUCGCCAAACCCGCUGAGCCGGCACACCCCGAGAUUUUAAAAGUCAGCAAAGAUGAUAGAGCUCGGUUAGAAUGGCAAUUGGCACACGAGAAAGGAAGCAAAACGGUUCCAGUUUGGCUAUCUGAUGAUGCAGAUCAUGAUGCAGAAGGAAAUAUACAACUGACCGAUCAAGCUCGUUGGAGACGAUAUGCAGAAUCCGAAUUGUAUACCCUCUUCCACUACAAGCAGCAUGAACCCAAUGAUGGUCGAGGAGAGCGGCAAGCUUGGGCUGAUUACUAUCGGAUGAACCAAAAGUUUGCCAAUCGUAUCCUCGAAAUCUACAAACCCGGCGAUGUUGUUAUGAUUCACGAUUACCACCUCCUCUUACUCCCUAGCAUGCUCCGACAGCGCAUUCCUAACAUCUACAUUUCCUUCUUCCUGCAUGUUCCAUUCCCUAGUAGCGAGUUUCUUCGAUGUUUGCCGAGAAGAAAGGAUGUGUUGGAGGGUGUGCUGGGCGCAAAUCUAGUCGGGUUUCAAUCCUACAGCUAUUCUCGGCAUUUCGUAUCAUGUUGCACAAGAAUUCUUGGGUUCCCUUCGGAUAUUGCUGGCGUGGAUGCAUAUGGCGGGAAAGUUAGUGUGGGUGUUUUUCCAAUUGGAAUUGAUGCUGCCGCCGUCGAACGGUUGGCUUUUAAUGACCCAGCAAUUGAUGAGAAGGUGGCCGCACUCAAAAAGAUGUACCAGGGAAAGAAGUUGAUUGUAGGACGUGAUCGUCUGGAUACUGUUCGUGGUGUUGCUCAGAAGCUUAUGGCGUUUGAAACGUUUCUGGAACGAUAUCCAGAAUGGAACCAGAAGGUCGUUUUGAUCCAAGUCACCAGCCCAACCAGUGUCGAAGAAGAAAAGGAAGACUCUAGCAACAAGAUUGCCAACAAAGUUGCAGAGUUAGUAGCGAACAUCAACGGUACAUAUGGCUCUCUCAGUUUCACGCCGGUUCAACAUUACCCCCAAUACCUCUCUCAAGAGGAGUAUCUUGCCCUUCUUCGAGCAGCGGAUGUUGGUCUCAUUACAAGUGUCCGCGAUGGCAUGAACACAACUAGUCUUGAGUACGUGGUAUGCCAGCGCGAUGAUCACGGACCUCUCAUACUGUCCGAGUUCUCUGGUACCGCUGGAAGUUUAAAGGACGCAUUACACAUUAAUCCAUGGGAUCUUACGGGUGUUGCUGAAGAAAUCGCCAAAUCCUUGACGAUGAGUAAAGAUAUGAAGAGUGUAAUGCACAGCAGUCUUUACAAUCAUGUAACCACAAGAAAUGUUCAGGCGUGGUCUUCGAGUUAUAUUAAACGUCUCUUGACAGUCCUUGGAGCUCAUAAUUCGACCGUUUCAACACCACUGCUGGAUAAGGCAGCGUUGGUUACGCAAUAUAGAGCAGCAAAGAAGCGACUCUUUAUGUUCGAUUACGAUGGAACCCUCACUCCAAUUGUCAGAGAUCCAGCAGCCGCGAUCCCUUCUGAGAGAGUCAUUCGAACACUCAGAGCAUUGGCGUCAGACAGCCGAAAUGCCGUUUGGAUCAUCAGUGGUCGAGAUCAAGAGUUCCUAACUCAAUAUCUUGGCCACAUUUCUGAACUAGGAUUCAGUGCUGAGCAUGGUAGCUUUAUGCGCCAUCCUGGCAGUGAGGAAUGGGAAAAUCUCGCAGAAACGCUCGAUAUGGGCUGGCAAAAGGAGGUUAUGGAGUGCUUUCAGAAAUACACCGAGAAGACUCCUGGUAAGCAUGUCUUGAUUUGUUUUGUUAUCGUAUAACUAACAUGAUUAGGCUCCUUCAUUGAACGUAAGCGCUGUGCUUUAACAUGGCAUUAUCGACCAGCAGAUCCUGAGUUGGGAGCCCACAAUGCCCGGGAAUGCCAAAAAGAACUUGAGAAAACCGUCGGUAAAGCAUGGGAUGUGGAAGUAAUGACCGGUAAAGCAAACCUCGAGGUUCGACCUACAUUCAUCAACAAAGGCGAGAUUGCAAAGCGACUCGUCGCAGAUUACGGCGAAGAGGUUGGUCAACCACCGGAAUUCACUCUCUGUCUUGGAGAUGAUUUCACCGAUGAAGAUAUGUUCCGCGCGUUGAAUGGUAGUUCGCUGCCUGAUGGACACGUAUUUACCGUCACCGUUGGUGCCAGCUCAAAGAUGACACUUGCCAAGUGGCAUCUGCUUGAGCCGGUCGAUGUCAUUAGUUCCAUUGCCCUGUUGAAUGGAGGGGAUACUGAUUCGGCUGACCUCGGGGCGUUAUCUGUCGUGGAGGGCAAAAUCCCAGAUGAGAUGCCGGGUGGGAAACUUUAGGGAGAUGACUUGUUUUGAUGGAGUACGAUUUCUCUUUUCUUCUUGUCUUUUCUUUCUCCCUGGAUAUUGCAGAUGCAGAUGCGGAAUACAGAUAGAUGGCUUGUUCAUUGGGUUUUUAGAAGGGAUGAAAUGAUGAAUUGCGUGGAGUGAGGAAUAGGGAGCU